AUGGAACACUUGCGAGAAUUAUUUAAAUUGUAUAAUCAGCGGGAAUGUGAAGAUGGUGAAGAAUUGGCAACCAAAAAACGCGAACAGAAAACUGAUUACCUCAUAAAAACACAGUUUGAAGAGGUACAAGCACGAAAACAUCCUGCAGUAUCUGUUAGUCGGAAAAAGUCAGUACUUCGCUGGAAAAAGAGCAAAUCACUACCGAGUAAAGAGAAAGCCACUGAGAAGAAACUGGAGAAGGAAUCAAAUGUGAGUUCGAAUUUGUUCAAUCAUAUGGUAGCGAAAAUUCAGAUGAUGUCUGAAAUCAAAAAACGAAAAAUGAUUGAUCGACUUCUGGACGCAAACGAUUCUGGAAUGAUUCGCAAAAUGUUCGAAAAUGACAUAGCUGAGCCAACCAAAGUUGAAGUCAAAUUACUACAUCGUGCGCUGAAUAUUUUAUGGGAAGAAUUGAUGUGCAACAUCGCAGAGUUUAAAUUCGAACGUGAAGUGGUCGUGUUGUUGUGCGAGCGGGAAAAGGUUAAGGCUCGGUUUCUGGACGCGAUGCUUCUAUAUCCUCAUUUUGUCCCAGAUACAUGGGGUGGACGACAUUUGUGUGACCUUGUAAAGAGUGUUGGAACAGCCAAAAACAUUCCACACGAUGAAGGAGAUGGCCUGAUACCUCCUCCAAUUGUUGAGACUAUUCCUUCGCAGUGGACAAAACAACUACAGCAAAUUUUGGGCGAACAAAAACCGAAAUCACAAGAAUCAACAUUUUCGGCUACGGAGGGAACGAAACAGGUGGUCGAGCGGAAUUUGAUGGCGAAAUCUGGUAAGGCGGUCGACCCAGUUGUGACCGAUAGAGAACAGGAGGACGUCUUAGUGGCAGUAGAUGAUGAAGAGGAAGAACACGUUGCCGAACUGGGAAAACGCAGAGGAACAAAAAAGAAGAGGAAAUCACGUUCUGAAAAUCGAACGCGUAAAACAGCUUUAAUGGAAAGGAGAGAUCAACAAAACGAUUACGAAAACAAAGAAGAAGAGUAUGCAGAAAAAGUGAAAACAGUGCAAGAAGUGAGCAGCGGAGUGGAAGGCAAAUCUAUUCCGAAGAAAAUAACGAAUGAUUUCCAGCACAAAGCACAGAAAAUAACUGAAAAGGAAAGAGAUAAUGAUUUCACCGGAGCUUCAAGUAAACGUCCUGAAGUAAGAGCGGCGAAAAGUAAAAAAAAUGAAAAGAAUGUAACCGUAUCUCUAGAAAAAACACAAAGUACUAUUUCCCAACAAAAAUCAAUGGAAAGUUUGUCAGAGGGAAAGCUUGGUGAUCUAAAGACGCAGCCGAAAAUCGAGAAUGAAUCUAGUGAAACAAAAUGUCCUGAAAUAAAUGAAACGAGAACGCAAGAAGAAGUUGUAGAUGAAGCCAUUAAGGAAAAGGCAAGGACCGUUCCUGUAGAGGAUAAACAUAUAGAAAAAGAUGCAAGGCCAAAAGAAACGAGAAAAAAUCUAGAGAAAGGUAAAAAGGAGGAAACGAAGGAUGAUUUAAAGUUUACGACUUCGAAAGAGCAAAAGGAAAAAAAGCAGUUGACUGGAAAGAAAGUUGAGGACAAAAAAGGAGAAGAAGUGGGCCAUGCUACUGAGAAAUUAGAAAGUAAGACUCCAGCAGAACAAAAAGAAAGGAAGAAAGUCGAUGAAAAGGGACACGAGGAGGAACUAUCAGGAGAAAAAAUAGGUGGCUCUAAAGAAAAACUGACGAAUAAGACAUCUAUUCAAAGUCGAGAAACAUUGAAUAUAACAAAAAAGAAAACUGUAAAAGAGGAGGGCAAGAAAAGCGUGAAGGUCAGGACAAAUAGUGCUUCCCCAGUAAAAGAUAAAGAGCACAAAGGAGGAAGCAAUGACACCAAGAUAAACAAGGAAUCGAAGAAAAGCGCAACACAAGAAACAUUGACUGAAAUAGCAUCUAAACCUAAGAAACAAAAGAUGAGGGCAAAGAAUAGUGAUAGCGAAAAGGAACAUAGGAAGAAAAAAGAUCCGAAAGUAAAGAAGCGCGAACAGAAAGAGCACAAACCUCAUAAGAGCGCGGGAAAUGAAUGGAAAGAAACUGGUCACAAAAAGUCGACGUUGAAAAACGCGUCAGGUAGCAAAGACAAAUGA